AUGCCAAGAGAGGAAAUAAGGAUUGCGUUUACGACGCCUGUGCUUCGUUGUGGGGCCAAAGGCCAUCGCAAGCCAACCAAGGACCCCGCAAACGCUUUGAUCACCGGAAUCGACCUCUUUGUGGACCCUGCCUUGGCUGGGAUGUUGCCUUACCAUCCCGACCUCCUCCAGCCACCAACACGAGGGUCUCGUCCAGCCCCUCCCCCCCAUCGCCGCCUACCUCCUCAGAGUGCACAAAGUGGUGCCCGGAUAGCGCAAGGGUUCGAUCGAGCUAUGCUGGGUGAUUUUUUCAAUUUGCGGACAGAACGAGUGCACGACAUUAUGCGCAACAAACGCUUCACUGCCGACGAGGUCAAGGUGGUCACUGCCUUUGUUUGGCUGAAGGCAGGCGAGCAUCCAGAGGUAUACCCCUUUGUGGCCCCCAAGUGGCCAUCUUUUGCCCUCAACCAGUGUGACGCGCUCGUGAGGGAAACUGCUCUAAGUGAAGGAUUAUCCAAAGGGACUUGGAGUCGAUCAGUUUCACUCUGGAACCCUAAUAUUGACCUUUGGGUGAGAGACUUUCUUUUCAUUCCUUCGCGCCUGGAACUUCAUUUCGUCGAAUCGCUUUUGCAGGCCCUUGUUGGGAUCGAUAUUCCAUUACGAUUUCCAACAACACCACGACAGAUCUUUGUCAAGGGGGCACUGCUCAAGCUGCAAGACUGCCCUGGGCUCGAGGCUCGCGUAAGAAUGGCUUACACGAGCAAUUGCUCUUCGUCUUGUGCAGCAAGCACUUCCGGUCCUGCCAUUCACCAGACAAUCACGUCAUCCAACAGGCAGCCCACACCUUCUGGUUCUGGUUCGUCUACAGCCGCGCUUCCGGAUCCCUCAGACGCCUGCGCCCAAGACAACCCCGACAUCGUCUUUAUCCCACGACCCCACCCAGUUUCAGGUGACUCUCAGCCUCGCGAACGGUCUCCGAGCCGUCGUGAUGGCUCUGAGGAGACUCCCACGCAAGGGCCAACAGACCCCAUACCCUCACCACCACCACCACCAGCCACCCCAGACAUUCCGAAAGAAGCUUGGCCAGACUUGGAGGCACCAAUGACUGUUCUACUUGAAUGGGCAGAACUCCACCCCCCCAUGACCGUCCUUGGAUCAUGGGACCAAUUGUUUCAACAGCGCUUCAAAAGCGUCAAAAGUACCAUCUACCGCAUAUCUCGGUGGAUCAAAAGGGUAGCGAAAGCCGGCAACGGCAAAAGAUGGCAGGAAUGGCUAAGUCAACAGAAGGCUGCGUCACAACCCAUCACGAUUGAGGCCGCCCGCAAAGCUUUCCACUUGGAAUACUUGCAGGUAUGCUCCAAAAACAAAAAACUCGGUGAUGAAGGAACCACCAAAAAAAGAAAAUUCGGUACCUCAGGACCAUCACGUCUGUCCACCAGUCUUGGCACUGUAGUUUGCUUCAACUAUGUCAUCGAAUUACAUAGUUGUUAUAAUGUCCAAGAGUAUCCCAUCUCAUUCCUGGAUUCGGUUCGCAGUGGCUUCGCGACUUUGCCCGCUUUUUCUGACGCGCCAGGAAUGCUCGCAAAUGGAUGGCUUUUGAGACUUGCCUUGCAAGACGUUCCGUAUUUACUUUCAACCACCCCCACGAUCUUUCAACACCACCCACACUUCCUUGAUCACUUCACUACUUACCAAGGCCCGAGUCAAGAGCUUAGUGUAAUGUCUAGUGAAGCCGGUGAAAGCGCGGCUUCCACCAACACUGUUCACGUAACCAACCCUGAACCGUUAGUGGGUCAGACCUUGCCACCACCAAACAACAUCAACAGUGAAGAAAGGGACGCUGCUGGACACAUACCAGCCACCUUGCACUCCGUUUGUGGAAUGGUCAAUCUCCUCUUAGGAGAUGCCAUUGGGCCAUCCAUAGAUACCCUAGAGCUCGGUCGAGGAUCCCUUUCGGUCAUCGACUCAGACCCCGCUUCGGAAUCCACAUCACCACCGCCCGAAGCAAAUGUGACGAUGUUUGCUCUAAGGUCUGACGUUACCGAACAUGGGGUUGAGAUAUCAUUCCACACCACUGUGGCGACCAUUGGCAUUACGAAUCGGCGCUUACAUUCUUGGGAUGAACAAUCGACUCACCAAGCAAUCCUCACGCGGGGACCAUGUCAUGUCAUAUUUGGCGUCCGAGCUUACAAUACUAUCCCACGCCAACUUUCCACGUAUCUUGGCCACGCCCAGACGUACUUACACGUCGCAGUUCAAUUGGGACGUUUCCGUAACAAUUUACAAGGCCGCAUGAACAUCUUGAACACCACCGAUCUUGAGUGGGAAAUCCUUCAGGUUUUGAGGUUCCAGGAGAACAUGGUCGGAGUCUUGCACGAACCUCACAUGAUCCAUAACGGCACUUGCAUUGAACACUUCACCGCCGAGGAGCUGGUCAAUGGCCCCCGUGACAAGUUCAGCCUGGAGACGACGUUCUCCCCAAUGCAGCCUCCCCUCCAUCGCCACUUUCUUUGGGAAACUGUUCAUAAGAUUCUCAACGCUUUCACACAUUGGACUUACAAGAGCAGUGGUCACACCAGUUUUGUCACGGGAUUUCAGGGUGUUGGUGUGGUAUUGACGGAGGCAGUUGUUCACGAUUCCGAGCGCCGCUGGAUUACAGGCAACUACGGUAAAUGGGCUAUCAGUGAAUUCCCUCGCAAGCAUGUGUGUAAUGCUUUGUGUGGCGCACUGGCCUUUCCGGUCUUGCCUGAGGUCCCUCCCCCCACCGACUCAGCAGAUUGGUGUUAA